AUGACCGCCGCCGGCACCACCCGCGUCUGCCACAACCUCGACUACGCCACUAGCGGCGUGGUCGCUUGUGCAAAGUCCGAGGGCGCGGCGCGCGAAGCGCGGAAGCUGUACGCCGCCCUUGUUUUUGGCCACCCGACGUGGGAGGAGCGCAACAUCUCAGCGCGCAUCGCGGUGACGGCCCGCAAGUUUCGUCAGUCCGUCACGAAGGCUUCCUGGGGCAAGGCGCGGGCAGUGUACGGGAUGGACGAGGGAGGGGCAGGCUGCUCACACAAAAGCACAACCCCGGCGGCCAGGACAACGGCGACCGUCGCUGCGCGCGGAAGGCUCGUGCUGCCGCCGCACCAAGGGAAGGAAGCGUCGCUGCUGUGGCUGACGCCGUAG